AUGAGGACAUCAUAUGGUUUGAAGGUUUUUGACUGUUUCAGUUCGAAGGUCUUCUGUGCCUCAUUCGAUCAAUGCCACACAAAAAGCAUUACAAGAGACUCCAACACACACAAAGCGACAGCAUUUUGUAACGUCUCACAUAACUCAUCUAAGAACGGUUAUGAUUAUGAGCAACCUAAAAUUCAAUUCAAUUAUCCAAAUGCCGAAAGCAAACACAAGAACUACAAAGCAUUGGAGACAAUUAAUUACCUGAACUAUCAAUCAGCAGAUUCUAAGCUAAAGCCAGUCAGCAACGUUCCUAUGCGGUUGCUUCUUAAAAUACCCAUGGUGUAUGCUGGCAAGUCUUACAAACACGAAAAGGAUCUACGUACACCUGUGGAAGAACGUGAAAUGCGACGACCAGCAGCACGGCGUUUAGUGCGCUACACCGCGGUAGUUACAUACACGCUGUAA